UAAAAUGAAUAACAUAUAAAAUGAAAGAUAUACCCUAUUAAUUCCUACAGCUAAAAAAGUGAGGUUAUAAACUAUAGAGUGACCGAGAGUGGGAGAGAGCUGUCAUGUGGACGUGUCCUAUCGUUUUGUAUAAGCCAACAGUAGCAACAGCAGCAGCUGGACUACUAAGGGUGCAAUUAAUUCAAAUUUCACUGUCGUCCACUACAUGCUGCAAAAGUCAAAUACCCCGAAACGAAUGAUGAUGCGAUGUCAGCGCGACGACGUCGCAUAGGUAUCGAGUCAGGACACGAGCGUUUCAGUAAUCGAGGUUCAAGUGAUCGAGAAAGCUACGAAAAUGAAAAAUUGUUAACGUCAAUUCAACAACAGGAGUUGUUAAUUCCAGCAAUGACGUCGCGUGAUCGUACGCAAGAGUUCGGCAAUGCAAUACGAAGCAUGCAGAAUAGAACCGCCUCAAGGGUAGCGGCCCUUAAGAAUCCAAGACAAGCCAGGCACUUACAGACUUACUCAAAUUUUAUGAUGAUCGCCAAGAACAUUGGCAAAAAUAUAGCCAGCACUUAUUCGAAGCUUGAAAAGCUUGCCUUGCUUGCUAAAAAAAAAUCAAUAUUUGAUGAUAGACAAAUAGAAAUUGAAGAGCUUACAACAAUAAUAAAAACAGAUUUAAGUAGCUUAAAUCAACAAAUCGCUAAAUUACAAGAUUUAGGCAGGCAGCAACGAGAAAAUUAUCAAACUUCAAAAGGUCAUCAUAUUGCAUCACAUUCCUCCUCUGUUGUUGUAGCUUUACAAUCAAAACUUGCCAAUAUGUCCAACCAUUUUAAAAGUGUCUUAGAAGUACGUUCUGAGAAAAUGAGAGAAGAACAAACAAGGAGGGAACAAUUUUCACAUGGUAAUGUUUCAACUAUGUUGCCUCCAAGUGUAGUUUCUGGCAAUCAAGGCUCUUUAUUGCUACAAGAGCAUGAUUCUAAUGCUUCCAUUAGUAUAGAUCUUGAACCUGUUAUGGGACAACUUAGUUUACAAAGGGCUGUGUUUGAUGAUACUGAAUCUUAUGUGCAGUCUCGUGCAGAAACAAUGCAAAAUAUUGAAUCAACUAUUGUUGAAUUAGGUGGAAUUUUUCAGCAGUUAGCACAUAUGGUGAAAGAACAAGAAGAAAUGGUAGAACGGAUAGAUAGUAAUAUUGAGAGUACCGAAAUAAAUGUAGGAGCAGCACAUGCAGAAAUUUUGAAAUAUUUUCAAUCAGUGACCAAUAAUCGAUGGCUUAUGAUUAAAAUUUUUGCAGUUUUAAUAUUUUUCUUUAUAUUUUUUGUUGUUUUCUUAGCAUAAUUGAAGAUUUAUUGAGUAAACUUGAUGGGCAAUAAAAACAGCCCUGUUUUUAAUAAUUAUCUUUUAAUCGUUUUUAUGAAAUAAUGAUAAGGACAUUGAGACUAACAUAACUGUAAAAAAGUUGCUUAAAUAUUUAAAUAUAAAUAUGCGAAAUACUCGCCACAUUAAUGAAUUUUUAGUUGUAAUGUCAUUUUGUACUAUACAAACCUUGUAAAAAAGAAUACACAGUGCAAAAACAAAUGUAUAACUUUC